CAAACUUCCUAUGCAUCCAGCAAUAAGCUCACCAACUACGUGUGGUACUUUGAAGGAAUCUGUUUCUCAGGUGUCAUGUUAAAUUUGACAACAAAAGAAGAAAGGAAUUUCUCUUUCAACUCAGGCUAUGCCUGUGUUUCUCUUUUGACACUGGACUCCAGGAUCUACAUCUAAGUAUUUCUACCAGUAUUAUAAUGAAGCCAGUUACUGCACCUGCUUUCCUGUGCCUUGUCAUCGUUUCCUCAAUGUGCGAUUGGAACAGGUUCCAGGUACCUUCACCAUGCUUAUAGUAGCCGCAGUUCUUCUUGUACUGGAGAAUAAUAACAACUGUAAGUGUUGCCAGAGUGAAAACUGCAGCAAAAAAUACAUGACACUGCUGUCGAUUAUCUUCUCUGCCCUUGGAAUUGCUUGCUCUGGAUACUGCCUGGUCAUAUCUGCUCUGGGCCUGGUCCAGGGCCCAUACUGCCGCACCCUCCAUGGCUGGGAGUACGCCUUUGAAGGCACCGCGGGACGUUUCCUUACAGAUUCCAGCCUAUGGAUUCAGUGCCUUGAACCUGCGCAUGUUGUGGAGUGGAAUAUCAUUUUGUUUUCCAUUCUCAUAGCUCUCAGUGGGCUUCAAGUGAUCGUCUGCCUCAUCAGAGUAGUCAUUCAGUUAUCCAAGAUACUGUGUGGAACCUAUUCAGUCAUCAUCCAGGUACGAGGAGAACCUGGACAAGCAGGACUAACCGGCAUUGUAUCGUCGUGGGGAAAAACAAGUUUACUCAGGCACGGUUGUGUCAUAUUUGCAUCUGAAAAGAGGAAGCAUGGACAUUAGGAAGGAUCUGCAAUGUGAUGUCCACAGGGCCACUGGUUCCUGGUUCCAUCAAGUCAUUAUCGGAUAGCUUAGUCGGGAAAUCUUCAGCAAAGUAGGUAAAGUAGUGAAGCAGAGUGACGUAUGAUUUUGUGGACCUAGAAGGAUCCUUAAAAAUAAUCCAGCACAACAACAUGGAAUAAAGAGGAAAAAGCCUGAGGUACAGAGAGAUAAUCCGAUUUCUCAGUACAGCACAUUGGCCAAGAACGUGGGCUCUGGAGCCAGAAUGCCUGGAAGUCCCAAUCCUGGUUCUGUGUCUAACCAGCUCUAUGACCUUGGUGGGCAGGAGUCCUACCUUCCUUUUGCUUCCAUUGCCUCACUCUUGAGGUUGUCAGGAUUAAAUGAAUUAAACGCAUAAAGCGCUUAACACAUAGAAAGUACCUCCGGAAUGAUUAUUAUCAUCACUAUUGUUGCUACUCUCGUUUUCCCAGGCCACAUAGCCAGUUUCAGGGUAUCCCACAAUGUAUUCAUGAAACACAACUUUAUUAGGCACAUAGUUUAUACCAAACACUGCUCUAGGUACCAGAGACAUCAACAAACAAAAUCAACAAAAACUCCUGCCCUUAUGGAGCUUACAUUUUCAAAGAAGAGAUAGACCAUGAACUACAAACCUGAUAAAUAAGAAAAUGUUUAUAGUAAAUUAGAAUAUGUGCUAUGGACGAAAGAAAAAGCCAGAUGCUCCAGAGCACUGGGGAGAAGGGAGCUGGAGCAGGCAGUGACAGUGAAUCAAGUGGUCAGCGGAGACCUCACUGAGUGUGUCACAUUUCAGACUUGAAGGGGGCCAAGGACGGAGCCUUCAGGAUAUCUGAGGGAAGAGUGUUCAGGCAGAGGGAAGAGUUAGUGCAAGGGCCUUAUGUAGCAAGUGUGGCUAGUACGUUAAAGGAACAGCAAGGAGACAAGCCUGCCUGGAGCAGAAUGAGCAAAGGAGAGAAGAGUGGAGAUGAGAGAAAAGAGGUAAUGGGAGGUAAGAUGAGAAGGGAGUGUUGAAAGCCAUAGAAAGGACAGUGGAUUUUAUUCUGCAAGAAAUAGGAGUCCUUGCAAGGCAUUGAGCAGAGGAAUGACCUGAUAGAAUUUAUAUUUUUAAAGGGUCACUCAGACUGCUGUGUUAAGAACAGACUGAAGAGAGGCAAAGCUGGAAGAAGGGAGACUAUUUGGGAGGCUUUUCCGGUACUCCAGAGGGACGCCACGGUGGCUUGAACCAGCAAGUAUCAGUAGAGGCGGUGAGAAGUGGCUGGUUUUAAAUAUAUUUUCAACAGGUGACAGACUGGAGGUGAAAGGUGAAAAAAAGAAGAGCUAAGGAUGAAUCCAAGAUUUUUGGCCUGGGAUAUGAGAAGGCUGGCGGUACCAUUAACUGAAAUGCAGGCAGUGAAUGGAACGACUUUCAGGCAUGAGCAAAAUCGGUUCAGUUUUAUAACUCUUUGUUUCUAUAUGGAUAAGAUAUUUUCCCUCUUCUGACUUCUUUCAAGAUUUUCCCUUCACCUUUGGUUUUCUGUAGUUUGAAUAGGAUAGGCUUAGGUAUAGGGUUGUUUUGUUUUAUUUUGUUUGGUAUUUAUUCUGACAUUUGGUCCUCUCUGACUUCUUGGAUCUUGGAUCUGUAGUUUGGUGUCUGUCAUUAGUUUUGGAAAGUUCUUGGUUGUUGUUACUUCAAAUAUUUAUUUUACACUUUCUUUCUUCCUCUUUUGCUAUUCCACUAUUGUAUGUGUGACGUGUUUUGAAAUUAUCCCAUAGUUUUUGGAUGUUCUGUUUUGUUUGUUUUAUUGAGGUAUAGUUGACACAUAACAUUAUAUUAGUUUUAGGUAUACAACAUA